AGAGAGGACUGAAGCAGACUGAGAGAGGACUGAAGCAGACUGAGAGAGGACUGAAGCAGACUACCUGAGAGAGGACUGAAGCAGACUGAGAGAACUGAAGCAGACUGAGAGAGGACUGAAGCAGACUACCUGAGAGAGGACUGAAGCAGACUGAGAGAGGACUGAAGCAGACUGAGAGAGGACUGAAGCAGACUGAGAGAGGACUGAAGCAGACUACCUGAGAGAGGACUGAAGCAGACUGAGAGAGGACUGAAGCAGACUGAGAGAGGACUGAAGCAGACUACCUGAGAGAGGACUGAAGCAGACUGAGAGAGGACUGAAGCAGACUGAGAGAGGACUGAAGCAGACUACCUGAGAGAGGACUGAAGUAGACUGAGAGAGGACUGAAGCAGACUGAGAGAGGACUGAAGCAGACUACCUGAGAGAGGACUGAAGCAGACUGCCGGUGGAUGUGGGAGUGUGUUCCCGGGCUGCGGUGGAUCAGUACCGGUCCGGGUGUGAAUGGGAUUACCCCGGUUGUUCCGUGUCUCCGGUCGGUGCUGCUGCUGGAGGUAACAUGCAGCCGCAGAGCUUCCCGGUGUCCCCGGCGGUGUCCCCGGCGGUCUCCUCGGUGAUGUCCUGGGCGGUCCUCCUCCUGCUGCUGCUGCCUCUCGGGCUCUGCAGCACCACAAGUUUCCCGAGUAACAUCAACAUAGGAGGCCUUUUCCCCACCGGCUCCCACGAGUACGAGGUGUUUCGCUUCGCCCUGGCCCAGCAACAGGAUGUCCCCAAACUGGUUCCACAGGUGGACAUGGUGGACACGGGGAGCAGCUUCGCCAUGACCUACGCCUUCUGCUCCCAGUUCUCGAAGGGCGUGUACGCCAUCAUGGGUCUGUACGACCGGCGGACAGUCAACAUGCUGAUGUCUUUCUGCGGCUCUCUGCACGUCUGCUUCGUCACGCCGUCCUUCCCGGUUCACACCAACAACCAGUUUGUCCUCCAGAUGCGUCCCCAGCUACAGGAGCCCCUCAUGGCCCUGCUGGACAACUUCUACUGGACCCGGUUCGUCUAUAUGUACAGCUCCGACUCAGGUCUGUCCGUCCUCCAGAGGAUCUUGGACACGGCGGCGGAGCGGAGCUGGCAAGUGACGUCCGUUAACUUGGACUCGUUGACUGAAGCUGCGUUCGUCAAGCUGCUGACGGACCUCGACUACAAGAAGGACUUCCAGAUCCUCAUCGACUGUGAGCUGGAGAGACUCAGCUCCAUCCUCCACCUGAUUGCUGCUCAGAGGAGGAACCUGAAGAACUACCACUACAUCCUGGCCAACCUGGGCUUCCUGGACCUGAACAUGACGGAGUUCCAGAAGCUGGGUCCCAACGUGACGGGCCUCCAGCUGGUGAACUGGUCCGAUCCAAUGGUGGACAAGAUGGACCAGGACUGGCUGGACUUCGACAGCAAAGACCUGAAACUGGCCCGCAGGAGGCUCAGGUACACGGGAGCUCUGACCUACGAUGGUGUCAGCGUCAUGGCGACAGCUUUCCAGAACCUGCGGCGCCAGCGCAUCGACAUCUCUCGCCGUGGCAACGCAGGGGAGUGUCUGGCCAACCCUCCAGCCCCCUGGGGACAGGGCAUCGACAUCCAGAGAGCUCUACAGCAGGUGCGUCUGGAGGGGCUGACGGGUCGUGUCCAGUUUGACGAGCGAGGACAUCGAACCAACUACACUCUGAGUGUGAUGGAGCUGAGCCCCCUCGGGCCCAGAAAGAUCGGCUACUGGAACGAGAGGAGAGGCUACGUGAACACGGCCGUCUACAAGCCGGUGGUGGAGGAGUUCCACGGUCUACAGAACAAAACCUACGUCAUCACUACCAUACUGGAAGCUCCCUACAUGAUGCUGAAGAAGAACCACGAGCAGUUUGAAGGAAACGAGAGGUACGAAGGUUACUGCGCCGAACUGGCGGCGGAGAUCGCCAAACACGUGAGCUUCGUGUACCGACUGGAGCUGGUGAGCGACGGCAAGUACGGAGCCAGAGAUGCCGAGACCAAGAUGUGGAACGGCAUGGUGGGAGAACUGGUGUACGGGAAGGCUGACGUGGCGGUCGCCCCGCUGACCAUCACUCUAGUCAGAGAGCAGGUGAUCGACUUCACCAAACCUUUCAUGUCUCUGGGAAUCUCCAUCAUGAUCAAGAAACCCAUCAAGUCCAAACCGGGCGUGUUCUCCUUCCUCGACCCGCUGGCCUACGAGAUCUGGAUGUGCAUCGUCUUCGCCUACAUCGGAGUCAGCGUGGUGCUCUUCCUGGUGAGUCGGUUCAGUCCGUAUGAAUGGAAGGGUGAAGACUCUGAUGAUGAUGAAGAUGAAACUCUGCCCUCCUCUUCCUCUCGACGAGCUCUUCCUACCUCAUCCUCUGAACUCGCUCUCUCUACAGGGUUCUCCCAGAACCAGAACCAGAACCAGAACCAGAACCAGCAGAAAGAGAAGGAGAGUCUAGAACACACCAACGACUUUGGGAUCUUUAACUCUCUGUGGUUCUCCCUCGGAGCCUUCAUGCAGCAGGGCUGUGACAUCUCCCCCAGGUCUCUCUCCGGUCGCAUCGUGGGAGGAGUCUGGUGGUUCUUCACCCUCAUCAUCAUCUCCUCCUACACAGCCAACCUGGCAGCCUUCCUCACGGUGGAGAGGAUGGUCUCUCCCAUCGAGGGUUCAGAGGACCUGGCCAAGCAGACGGAGAUCGCCUACGGGACGCUGGACGGAGGCUCCACCAAAGAGUUCUUCAAGCGGUCAAAGAUUGCCGUUUUCGAGAAGAUGUGGUCGUACAUGCGGAGCGCCGACCCCUCGGUGUUCGUCAAGAACACCAACGAGGGCGUCAGUCGGGUCAGGAAGUCGAAGGGGAAGUACGCCUACCUGCUGGAGUCCUCCAUGAACGAGUACAUCGAGCAGAGGAAGCCAUGCGACACCAUGAAGGUCGGAGGCAACCUGGACUCUAAAGGUUACGGAGUGGCCACGCCCAAAGGAUCGCCUCUCAGAAACCCCGUUAACUUGGCCGUAUUAAAACUCAACGAGCAGGGCCUGUUGGACAAAUUGAAAAACAGAUGGUGGUAUGACAAGGGCGAGUGCGGCACCGGGGGAGGGGACUCCAAGGACAAGACGAGCGCGCUCAGUCUGAGCAACGUAGCCGGAGUGUUCUACAUCCUGAUUGGAGGGCUGGGGCUCGCCAUGCUGGUGGCGCUGGUCGAGUUUUGCUACAAGUCCCGGAUUGAGUCCAGAAGGAUGAAGGAGCUCAUCGACGCCGCCAUGAGUAGCAGCAGCCUCAACAGGAUGGCGGGUGGCGGCGGUGCAGCGGCGUGCGGGUACGGAGGAGGAGCAUCAGGGCUCGGAGGUGAGAACGGACGCGUUGUGGCGCAUGAUUUCCCGAAAGCCGGAGCUCAAGGUUUACCAUGCAUGAGCAAAGCUGGCGGCCUGGGACUGUCCUCCACAGGCAUGUGAUCUAAACCGAGGCUCCUGAUUGGACGGUACACACCUGCCGGCCUGUUGGUAGGGAAGGAAGGAGGGAAGGAAGGAAGGAAGGAAACGAGGAGACGAAACUAACUCAAACUUUUUCUACGUAGUUCUCCUCCUCCUCCUCCUCGUCUGCAAUAAUAGAACCAGAGGAGCCAAUACGGUUUUAAACGUCUGAAUUGAUGCACCUGCUCUUAUUCUUCUUCUUCAUCUUCCUCAUCCCGCCCUUCACUCCUCUUCCUCUUCCUCCUCCUCCUCCUCUUCCUCGUCAAGUUCACGCUAAACGCCACUUUCACAUCUGAGAGGGUCGAGAGGAGUUAAAGCAUGUAAACCUUUUAAACACAGACAAACACUUGUGUUGAUAAUAUUCAGGAGAAGAUCUGAUCAGUGAGCUGCUGCCUCCGUCAUAAUAAUAAUAAUAUUAUUAAUAAUAAUAAUAAUAAUAAUAAUAAUAAUAAUAAUAGAUUAUAUAUGUCAGUGUGAAGACAGGUGUGUCACAUGCUGAGUUUUAUGCACAAAAUGCUUUUUUUUCUAUAUUUAGUGGCGACCGUAUGCAGAUGAUGUGAUGUUAGAGGUCUUCAGCGGUCCAACAGGUCGGACUCAUGAUGGUCUCUCGUCAUAUAGUUCAUAAAAUGUGUCAUCAUAAAAAUAAAUUCCAAAAAUAUAUACAAAUAUAUAGAAAUAAUUAAAGUUCCUGCACCAACCAAUAAUAAUUAAAGUUCCUGCACCAACCAUCGGUGUAGCUCCCUGACAACUACAUGCCUGUUUGCAUUCACACAGCCAACAGGAACGCUGAAGUGACGUCAGCCAGCCGGCGCCGUGAUCGGCGAGGUCACUGUUUCACAAACUCUCUUCUAUUUUUUAGUUAUAUAAGAUAAACAUAAUCAUAAUAUACAUCAUAUAAACUCAACUAAACAGCGUUUGUGACGUCAGUUUGAAUCAGCUUCUUCCGCUCACCGGGUGUUCUUUGUGCUAACGGGUUAAGAUGGUGACACACAGACCUGAGACCAGAACCUGGACCCUGAAGACCUCUAGCUGGUGUUAACCUGCUCUGGUCUGGUUUAAAACAUGUUGUAGCACCUCCACUGAUCUGAGAUAUCAGAUCAAUAAGAUAUAAUGUACUUCCUCCUCAGUGUUUCUCUGGACUUGAACACACAGUAGAAGUUUUUAUACUCUGAAACUGAACUAAUAUCAGGAAUAAUACUUCACGUUUGUAUGAUAUGAAUGAAUCAUGUGACAAACUACACUUUGUCUAAAUAAUGUGACUUUUAAUUGAUUUAUCAGUUUAUAAUCAUUUUGAUUUUAUUGAUUAUUGAUUCAGAUCAGUUCCUCUAUUUAAUAAAAACUCAACAUUA